AUGUCGGUUUCUGCGGCGCUAAAGGCUAGGGUCAGGAGGCCCAGCUAUCUGAAGAAGAUCGCAAAGGCGGAGGAUCUGAUUCACCACUUCCCCAACGAUGCGUACAUUGGGUGGUCUGGCUUCACAGGUGUUGGUUACCCCAAGAAGAUCCCAAUUGCCCUCGCAGAACAUGUCGAGAAGAACAGUCUUCAGGGCAAGCUCAAGUACAACCUGUUCGUCGGUGCAUCGUCUGGCGCAGAGACUGAGAAUCGAUGGGCGAGAAACAACAUGAUCAAUCGCCGCUCGCCGCACCAGGUCGGUAAGGAUAUUGCCAAGGGAAUCAACAACGGCAACAUCAAGUUCUGGGACAAGCAUUUGAGCAUGUUUCCUGUGGACUUGAUGUACGGUUUCUACACUCUCGAGAAGCCACAAAACCGCCUGGAUGUUACCAUCGUAGAGGCCUCAGCAAUUACAGAAGAUGGUGGCAUCAUCCCGGGUGCGUCAGUUGGGGCGACACCCGAGCUUGUCCAGAUGGCCGACAAGAUCAUCAUCGAAGUCAACACUGCCAGCCCCAACUACGAGGGUCUUCACGACAUCACAAUGACAGAUUUGCCGCCCAACCGAAAGCCAUACCUUGUCAUGUCUCCCGAGGACCGCAUUGGUACACCUCACGUCCCAGUCGAUCCGGAGAAGGUUGUUGCCAUCGUUGAGAGUGACUACGCCGAUCAGACACAGCCCAACGCUCCCGCAGAUGACACCUCCAAGGCCAUUGCUGGUAAUCUCAUCGAAUUUCUGGAACACGAGGUUAGCAAGGGACGCCUUCCUAAGAACCUUCUACCUUUGCAAUCAGGGAUUGGAAAUAUAGCGAACGCUGUCAUUGAGGGCCUCGCAACAGGAGGUGCCAACUUCAAGAACCUGAAGGUCUGGACCGAGGUUCUCCAGGACUCCUUCCUUGAUCUGUUCGACUCCGGAAAUCUUGACUUUGCUACUGCUACGUCUAUUCGCUUCUCGCCCGAUGGAUUCGAGCGCUUCUACAAGGGUUGGGAGGAGUACGCACCGAAGCUGUUGCUCCGUUCGCAGCAGGUUUCCAACUCUCCUGAGAUCAUCCGCCGUCUUGGUGUCAUUGGUAUGAACACCCCCGUCGAAGUCGACAUCUACGCCCACGCCAACUCGACCUGUGUCAUGGGCUCACGCAUCCUGAAUGGUCUCGGCGGCUCAGCCGACUUCCUCCGCUCUGCCAAAUACUCCAUCAUGCACACGCCCUCGACCCGUCCCUCCAAGAUUGACCCCACUGGAGUAUCGUGCAUCGUGCCCAAGGCCACGCAUGUCGAUCAGACCGAGCACGACCUCGACGUUGUCGUCACCGAGCAAGGUCUCGCCGACGUCCGUGGCAUGUCUCCUCGCGAGCGCGCCCGGGUCAUCAUCAACAAGUGUGCACAUCCUGACUACAAGCCUAUCCUGCAGGACUACUUCGACAAGGCGGAGUUCGAGUGCCUGAGGAAGGGAUGGGGUCACCAGCCGCAUUUGCUUUGGAAUGCGUACGAUAUGCACAAGCAUUUGAAUGAGCACGGCACUAUGAAGUUGCCCAAGUGGGAUUAUUCGAGUACCGAGGCUGGCAUGCCAUAG